UUAGCCGUUAGAAACAGAAAGCUGAAAUUUGAGUGAAUUUUAUAAUAAACAAAAAAAUUAAAGCUAAUACGAGAAACAACAUAAAUAUGAAAAAUGCUAAAAGUUGUGUAAUUUUUACAUCAAGUGAAAAUAAAGGAUAUGGCGAUCAAAUGUAUCGAUUCUACUUAAACCAAAAGUUGGUAGAUACGUGUAUAAAUUUAUCUGAGGGUAAAAAUAUUAAAGUGCACAGUUAUAUAGUCGCUGCAGAAAGUACAGUAUUUGCAGAACUGUUAAAAACUGGACAGAAAUGCUUAAACAUGCCAGAAUUUACUCGAAGAGUAAUGAAGUAUGUGAUAGAAUAUAUUUAUCUAGGCCGUGUGUCAGUUCCUAAAAAAUUGGAAAAGAAAAUAUCUUCAGCCAUCAAACAUUUUAAAUUGAGUGUUCCACGUGUCACAGAGGAAACAGCUCCUUUUAGCGUAGAGGAAGAAGUUCCACCUGGCAUUGAAGAAGAAGCUCCACCUGACCAUUCUAGACAGACUAUAAAAGUGCCUCCGCCUCAAACAACGGCAACACCUGCACCGCCGUCACAAGUCGCACCAGCUAUCACAACAGCAGCAGCCGCUAACUUAACACUAAUUGUCACCGUACCACCACUCACUACCACAACGACAAAUACGAUAGCUCCAACAAUCGGGACAUCCCAGAACAAUAUUCCGGGCAGCAGCAGUAAGCAACGAGUUAUGGACAGUUUUAAGCAUUCCAGAAUAGGAACGAAAAAGAAAAAGAACGACAAACCACAUCAUAACGUCAAAAACACUAAGCCUUGCUCGAGCUUGGCCAAAGGGAAAUCACCACAGAACAAUAUCCCAGGCGGCAGCAGUAAACAAACUAAAGAAAAGGCCGAUAGAGAGAAACAAAGGCUGGAGAACUUGGAAAUAAAGCAACAGCCCUUAGCAUGCCAAAGGGUAGAAGAACUGAGGUCGUCGCCUGGCGAGGGAAGUACUUCUCUAGGUUCCUCCAGGCAACAGAGGAAAGCUGUAGCAGAGCAACAACAGCCCAUAGCAAGCCGGAGGGAAGAAGAACUGAGGCCGUCGCCAAGUAAGAGAAGUACGUCUCCAGGUUCCUCUAAGCUACCAGCGGUGAACAAAAGGCGAAGGGAGCGAGAAGCAGAUGAAGAAGUAUCAAGUUGCAGUAACGCUAAAUCUACGAAACUACGAAAUCCGUUCGCCAAAAGAACGGUCACAGAAACUCCGUCCACAUCUUGGCGGAUAUCAGAAGGCCGUAUUAGUAGUAGAUUUUGCGUUUAUUGCGGCGAAAAAAAAUUUGACAUUGGAAACCAUAUCAAAAUUUAUCACAAAUCUAUUAGGACUAAAAAUUUCAAGUGUAAAGUAUGUGGUGAAAGAUUUUAUUUAAAGGAAAUCGCAGAGAACCAUCCUAGCGUGUGUCAUAGAUAAAUAUUUACAGUCCGUACAAUAUAAAUACCGUUGCACGUCAUCCGCGAAUUAUGAAUGUUCUUGGGAAAACACUUUUAAAAACUGAACUUCACAAUUUAUUUCGACAAACAAAGAUUUUAGUUGCAACUCAAUUAUUUAAAAUCAGACUGAAAA